AUGGACUCACGAGGCCCCAAGAGACGAAGGGUCAGCCCGGCCCGCGCUGGUGGCGGAGACGGCGCAGGGAAAGGCAUCGACAAGUCGUACCUCAAAAACGCCGCCAACUGGAGUCUAGAGGAGAACUAUGCCGAGCGGUCUCGGAAACGGAGCAAGAAGGCGGAAAAGGCGGAAAAAGCUAGCGACCGGCUGCCGAUCCGGACGGCCGACGGCAUGAUACGACCCCUCGCACGUGAGCCCACAGACAACGAUGCGACCAGCGACGAUGAAGAUCCGUUUGCGGACAGCGGCGACGAUGUGAAGACAGAGGCCGGCAAGGCCAACGGCAAGAAUGACGGAUCGGGCGCACGGAAGGCGGCGGCACGGAUACAAGAACAGAAUGCACGGCUGCCCGAGCGGCAGCAGAUACAAAAUGCCAAGGAAGAGCUGGCCAAGCUUGCUCUGAAGCUGAACGAGAACCCAGAGGAGAACGGCGGCGCAUUCAAGGCGCUGGCUCAGGUCUCGCAACAGUACACAUCGAUUGCCGUGCAGAAAAUGUGUCUCGCUACGCAGUUGUCUGUGUACAAGGACGUGAUUCCAGGCUACCGCAUACGCGCGUUUGGCGAGGAGCCACCAACCGGCGAAAAGCUGUCGUCGGAUGUGCGCCGCAUCCGGGCGUACGAGCAGAGUCUGCUGGCUGGCUACCAGGGCUACCUGCGGGAGCUGAUGCGCCUGUCUAAGCUGCGGCCAAGCGAUGCCGCCAACAAGAACGGCGCCGGCAAGCGCUCCAAAGCCGCGAAGAACGCCAACAGCCUUGCGGACGCUGCGCUGGCUUGCGCCUGCUCGCUGCUCAACGCGGUGGCACACUUCAACUUCCGCGAGGACCUGCUCAAGAUCAUUGUGGGCAAGCUCAGCACACGCCGCGUGGACGCGUCGUUUGUCAAGUGCCGCCUCGCACUCGAGACAUUGUUCCGCGAGGACGACGAGGGCCGGCCAUCGAUGGAGGCCGUGGCCAUGCUGUCCAAGAUGAUGAAGGCCCGCGACUACUGGGUCGAUGAGAGUGUCCCCAACACGUUUUUGCACCUGCGGCUGCUCUCCGAGUUCUCUGGCAAGGGCUCGCAGGACAGCGUGGAGCGCGCGUCCGACGAGACGAAGCGCAAGGAGAAGAGGGAGUUCCGGACAAAGCGCACGCGCAAGUUGAUGAAGGAGCAAAAGGCGCUGGACCGCGACAUGGCGCAGGCGGAUGCGCUUGUGGCACACGAGGAGCGCGAGCGCAUGCAGUCGGAGACGCUGAAACUCGUCUUUGCCACCUACUUCCGCAUCCUGAAGCUGCGCACACCGCACCUGAUGGGUGCAAUUCUCGAGGGCCUGGCCAAGUAUGCGCACUUGAUCAACCAGAACUUCUUUGGCGACGUGCUGGAAGCACUCAAGGAUCUGAUCCGCUACAGCGAAGAGGAUGCUGCCCGCGAGGCGCGGACUGUGGAAGGCGAGGAGGAUGAGGCCGCGAAUGGCGGUGCAGACGACGAGGACGACUUUGCCGUCUCCCGCAACCCCAGCCGCGAAGCGCUUCUGUGCACGGUGACGGCCUACGCGCUGCUCGCCGGCCAAGACGCACACAACGCCGCCAGCGACCUGCACCUCGACCUCUCCUUUUUCACGACAAACCUCUUCCGCAGCCUUUAUCCGCUUGCCCUGUCGGCUGACAUUGAGAAACAUGCCAACUCGCUACAGCAGCGCCUUGCCGAUGCACACGACGCGGCUUCCUCGGAGACGGCCGCGGCCGCGGCGGCUGCGGCCCUGAACCAGAAGAACGGCGUCAAGGUCAACUUGCAGACAACCACGGUCCUUCUGAUCCGUUGUUUGACUGCGGUCCUGCUGCCGCACUACAACAUCCGGUCGGUGCCGCCCUUGCGGCUCGCCGCCUUCACCAAGCAGCUCAUGGCAGCGUCGCUGCACGUGCCCGAAAAGUCCAGCCAGGCGCUGCUGGCGCUUCUCUACGACGUGGCGCACACGCACAGCAAGAAGAUUAGCGCGUUGUGGAACACAGAGGAGCGCAAAGGCGACGGAUCCUUCAACCCGCUGAGCGAGACGGUCGAGGGCAGCAACCCGUUCGCAGCGACGGUGUGGGAGGGCGAGCUGCUGCGGCGGCACUACUGCCCAAAGGUGCGCGAGGGUAUCAAGGCUCUGGAGAAGAACUUGACGAUAUAA